AUUUUUAAACAUUUGUUUUUGUUGAGAAUUCCUUCCAUGAAAGAUGUUUUUUGUUCAAUGAUCGUUGAGAAAUCAGCAACGUAACAACAUCGCUGUCAAUGCUGGGCCAUGACUUCUGACAUAUGACAGUGACGUUUUCUCGGUUUUUUUCUUUCCUCCCACCCGCCCCCUGUCCUUCUACCAAACUUCCUUUUUUUGACAGAACAAGAAGAAGGUAGGGAAAUUUUAAUUUUCAAUAAUAAAAAUCUUCAAACAUCAUUUGCAAACAACUUUUAAGAGACUUUAAUGUAUUUCGAAACUAUAUUAUGAUGUUCAAUCGACGUAUAUUGAAUAGUAUUUCUGUCACUCUAACCUGUUAAUUAUUAUUUUUUACCAUUUCAGAUUAGUGUCUUCUUGAUCCCUGUAAAGAUGCCACGAGAAUUGACGGAAAUCAAAGAAUUCCUCUUGACGGCGAGGCGAAAAGACGCCAAAUCUGUCAAGAUAAAGAAGAACUCGGAAAACACCAAAUUCAAAGUACGAUGCUCCAGGUUUUUGUACACAUUAGUGAUCACAGACAAAGAGAAGGCUGAGAAACUGAAACAGUCUCUACCACCAGGCCUCCAAGUGAAAGAAGUGAAGUAAACCCUUACAUUAACUAGGGACAGUCCAUCUCCAGGUUUGCAAGUGAAGGAAUGAAAGUAAACAUGUGUUGUACUUUAUGUAAUUUAACCUAAUAAAUAAAAUGUUCAUAUAACUUUGUCAAUACUCUUUCUCAGAAAUGUUCCUAAUGUCAAAGCGAUCCUCAGACUCUGAUCCAGAU